AUGCGUGCCGCCGGCCUCGUAGCGGCCUCGGCCGUUGCAACAGCUGUCCAGGCAGGAUCGCUCCAAGAUAUCAAGCAUAUUGUACUGUUCAUGCAGGAGAACCGAGCAUUUGACCACUACUUCGGCACAAUGGCCGGCGUUAGAGGGUUUGGUGAUCCCAAUGCCCAAGUCAACCCCGAUGGACGCUCCGUUCUAGAGCACUCGACGCAGAACGGCGCCGACAUAUUGAAGCCAUGGCAUCUUAACUACCUCGGACAUGACGAGUGGUAUAAUGCCACGCAAUGCAUGGGCGCUGGCGACAACGGCUGGCAGACGAUGCACACAGCCUACAGUGGAGGCUUAGGAAACCAAUGGACGGGUGCAGAUGGAGGCUACAGUCUAGGCUACUUUACGCGGCAGGAUAUCCCAACUCAUUUCGAUAUCGCAGAAGGCUGGACUAUUCUCGACAUGAACAUGCAGAGCCUCCUGAUGUCCACUGAUCCAAAUCGGAUCAUGUGGAUGAGCGGUUCAGUCAAUAUACCAGGAUCACCCACCAACUUAGACGGCACAGGCGGCAUGAUCAUUGACAACAGCAACACGCCGGGCUGCGAGUCUACCGGGGUCAAUUGUUUUCCGUUCGUGUGGAAGACGUUCCCAGAGUACCUCGAAGAAGCCGGGAUUUCAUGGCAGGUGUGGCAGGAUCUAGACAACUUCGAAGACAAUAUGUUAGCGUACUUUCAACAGUACCAACAAGCUCCGAAUGGCUCAGCCCUUAACAUAAAAGGCAACUCAUACCCAGGCCUCGAUGCCUUCUACGGCAACGCGUCUGCAGGUACCUUGCCGCAGGUAAGCUGGAUCAUCGGCCCUCAAGAGCAGGCAGAGCAUCCACCGAACAUGCCCAAGGACGGAGCGUGGCUGCAGCAAAAAGUCGUUGAGGCCAUUACUAGUAGCCCAGCCUAUAAUGAGACUGUGUUGAUUAUCAGCUACGAUGAGCAAGGAGGCUGGGCCGACCAUGUCGUGCCCGUAGUGCCAGAAAAAGACACGCCAGGCGAAUGGAUGACAGAUCCGUAUAACGGGGCAUUGGGAGAUGUUCCGGUUGGCCCAGGCUGGCGCGUUCCUCGCUUCAUCAUCUCACCGUGGACACGCGGAGGCAAUGUCUUUACUGAGCCAUCUGACCACAACUCGGACGUCAUGUUCGUCGAGAAAUGGGCCGCAGCUAAUGGGUAUAACUCCGUGCAUACCGAAGCCAUUACGCAGUGGCGUCGUACUCACAUGUCUAAUCUCGUCAAUGCCUUUGAUUUUGACAAUCCCGAUUACUCGAUCCCUACCAUUACCACGGCCGCAGAACCUCCGUCGAAGCCCGAGGAUCCAGGAGACUACAGUGGGAACUUGGACCUUGGAUCGCUGACGGGUCCCUGGGUUGGCCCUGCUAGCUGCCUCGCUGAGAAGAAGGCGCAAGUCCCCAUCCCGUACGGCGUGAACAACGCGAACCAAGAUUUGAGUCUGGUAGUCGAAGAUGGCUUCAAGAGAGUACGAGGAAGUAUCACUGAGGGCCGUUAUCUCACCAUCGAGACGGAGGGACAGGCCCUGACUAAUCUAGGAAACGCGUCUGUUGGUCUUUCGCCUGGUACAAAAGAUCAUGGUGAUAUCAACCAGCGGUGGAUCGUCCACCCAGUUGGGGGACCAGGUUAUGGCAACAUUUAUUAUGUCCAGUCUGCUUCAGACUUGACAUAUAUUACUGGAUUUCCGGCUGCCACAACCCUAACCGCGGACGUGAAGAAUGCACAAGCCAUAACUAUCACAUAUACCCCCAAUGGGGCCACAUAUAAUCUGAUAUCAAACGCCACAACUUCUAGUGGAGCUGUCAACCGUGGAAAAUCGCGUCGCAGCGCUCCGAGAAACAUCGCCGGGUCAUCCCUUUCGUUGGAAGAUCUCGGAGAAAAACCCUUUGAAAUCUUUAGCGUGUCGUACAAAAAUUCCAGCAUGGGGAGUGUGGUAGUUCCGGACCCAGGGCUUGUACCAGGCUCAUACAAGGCAUAUUUCUGUGCAAACAACGGCUAUACGCCGCUCACCGAUCCCGUCACGUUCACAGUUAAAGAUUAUGGGGGAUCAAUCUCUUUUCAACAAGGGUCUCGGUUUACUUUCACUUACUCAACCGGAUCGGCCAACUCGAAAAACUGGAUUGCCAUCUACUAUGCAUCCGGAGGCGGACCCGAUGACCAGCAAAAGGGUGCGAACUCAUUAGCCUGGAGCUACGCUACAGAUGGCAGCGGCAGCGUGACGGUCUCCGACCCGGGGUUGGCGUCAGGUUCCUAUAGAGCCUACUUCUUGGCGAAUGAUGGGUACAGCUGGCUAGCUAACCCGAUCGUAUUCAAUAUUUAA